AUGCAAAAAGCCCCUUCAUUUCUUAAUAUUGAACCCGCAGUCCCUGCUUUAAGUGGUCUGGGAAAACGAUUCGUUUUUACAAAAACAACCCCGUUGUUUGGUCUAUUCAACCCACUGUCCAUAUGCUUGGUUUACUCGCGCCUGCUCGCGCGACUGGGGGCGGCGCGCCUACUCUAUGCAGAACGGCGGCGGCGGCCGGAUCCGUGCGCGGCCGGGACUGGGGAGGCGGAUCCGUGGGCGGGCGGCGAGGCGUGGGUCGCUGGUGAAGACAAGGCCGGAGCACGGUUUCCCGGGCGGAUCCAUGGCAUCACCGACACUGGGAAGAAAGGAAACAGGGAGGUGAGGGAGAGAAGGAAGAAAGGAGGGGCGGUGCGGCGACCUAGGCAGGAGCUCGCCGGAGCGUGGAGACGGCGGACGGGCGCGGGAGAGGGGCGGAUCCGGCGCGACGGCGCGGAGUCCUUAAAUAUUCAGACUCGUCGUAUUUCCUUCUUCAUCCUGCUGGUGUUGUUCAUCCAGAGAAAGGAGAAGAGGAAGGCGGCAACGCCGCCGGCCGGUUGGAUGACAGCAACCAGGCCACGGGUGGUGCAGCCACUCCGACGAGUAAGAAUGAGGACUUACCAUCAGACAUCGCUUGGCUGUACAGCGACGAUUUCCGCCGAUAAUCCGUCUACUCAUACUCGACUGUUCGCCGGAACUUUGUCUGACCUGAGGUAUAUACUACUUUUUUAUCACUUUUACUUCUUCUCACCGGAUGCAUGCAUGCUUCUCCGCACAGAGCAACACGUGGUGCAGCUAGCUGCAGCGAGGACCAACUUGACUUGAUGGGGAUACAAUUACCAAGAAAGAAUCAUACUCCUGUAUGAUCCAAGAUAUUGCACGAACAAGCUUGGGUGGAUACACAAGAAAGAAUCAUACUCCUGUAUGACCAACUUGACUUGAUGGGGAGUACCUGAACUUACCUUUAUGCAUUGCACGAACUACCAAGAUAUUAUAUCUUCCUGUAUGAUCCAUAACUCAUAGACAUGGGUAGCGAUGGGAUACCAUUUGGUAUGAACAACAUCAUCAUCUUGCAAUUCUAACAUGUAUUCAUUUAAUUUAUUUAUCUGCAUAAUAGCGAUGGAUCUUACGUAUGUCUAUUUUAUUUGAAUCUAAAAUGCAAUUAACUCCUUAAUUUGCCUUCAAAAGGAUGAGCGAUCUGGCAUGUAAGAUUAGCUCGGCGGUUCAGAUUAUCACUGUUAGUCUUUUGGUCAUGGCAAUAUUUUUAGACUUCUUGAGAUAGCUCGACCAAUCUGGUGUAAAGCUAUGAAGACAUUUUGCUUGGAAACAAUACUGAAAGGAUACCUUAACUUCAUUUUAUCCCCUAGAUUAGUAUAAGUAUAUUAAGUCCCGUUUAUUUAGAUGUAUAGCUUGCAUGACAGUUUUGUUUAAAUAAAUUUUUGGGGCAUUUAGCAAUUCUCACAUAUGUUGUUAGCUAUGCACUUGCUUUUCAAGAUAUCAUUUCCAAUCAUGCAUGCACUUUUUAUUUCAUGUCGAUAACAUGGCUGAUGCUUCGCGAAAUGUCUAAACGAGAUAGAUAGAUAGAUACAUAGAUAGGCACAGAUAUAGAGUAUGUGAGUGAUGGAGCAUGAUGUGGUCUUGAACCUUUGGACUAGGGGGAG